AUGCCACUGUCUAAAUGGAGGAUCGCCCUUAAUGGGCUCAAAACAACGACCAAUGCUGAUCAUCGACCACGAACGGCUCCCGAUAUCGCUCUACCACCUGACAUAACGGCGCAAAUAGCGACUGAAGUUUAUGAACUCAUAAUGAACUAUUUAGUCGACGUGCAAUCUCUUCUCGCUUGUAUGCUCGUCUGUCGCGCGUGGUAUCCCCGAAGUCACCAUCUACUUCUGCGCCUAAUGGCCUGCCGCCCUCGCGCCAUGAGCGGGAUGUUCCAUGGCGGGGCUGGGACGAUCAACUGUGCUGUUCCGUACUUGGAUUCCGAAGGGGCCGUUAUAUAUGGUGCCUCCGACGGUAUUUACCUAGGCACAAAAGACGCUUCCAGAGACCGCUUGAUAUCUCUCCGGAACGUCACACACAUUGAGAUAUUCUACGAUGUCAACCUUUUGACUGCAGACUCGGAACUAGUCAGCUUCCCGCUGCAGAGUCUAGUGACAAGGACCAUCAAGUCUCUGGAAGCCCCAAGAGCGAAAAAUUUGAUCUUCCUUACUGUUCAUCGAAGCGUUGCGCCUGGCCAACGCCAUCGUGUCUGUGUCUUGAAAAGCUCGACGCUUUCUGGUGUCAUCAAAGUCUUCGAUAUAGUGAGAGAUCAACGUGGUACUCGCCUCACGAGCGCUGUUGAACUCUACAUCCCAAUGGAAACAUCAUCCGUGCACUUUUUAACCCACACGCGAGUUGCUGCGGUCUUGAAAAAGACUGUGGCUAGACAGAGCGCAUUCGAAAUGAUAAAUAUUGUGUCCGCGGAGACUCAGUCCCUUCUCGAUCCCAGCGAUACCAGGUUAGCAUUUGCAUCCAAGAAAGAUGAGGUUGGUCGUGCAAUCGGCGUCUUUGGAGUUUCAGGAAACUUUUUGGUUUGCACUGAGAAGAUGGCCUUCUUCAUCGACCGCCACGGUCGUUUAGCCGAGGAUUCAACCAAGCUGAAAUGGAAGGACAAAGUAGCCUCUGUUGUAAUAAACGGUAAAUAUCUCUUCGCUUUCGCCACUGAAUGCCUCGAGGUAUGGAAUCUUGAGGACUCGCAGCUUGUUCAGAGGAUUAAAGGCCAAUAUCGUCCAUUGAACGACAUGCCCACGGCGAAGGAGCAACUUCUUAUGUUAGACCUCAAUACUCAUCAUAUAACUAAGUCUGUAGCUGCGGCUCCGCCCCAAGCAUGUCCAGUAGACCACAAAUCACUCGGGUCUACCUCUUCGCAAGCGUCUUGUCCCGUGGCUCAUGAUACGCCAAAACCUGCUCAAUGUCCAGUCGACCAUGACGCUAUCGACAUCCGCAACCAAAUGCCGCACCUUUCUCAGGAUGUAGCUCCCUCUCAAAGCACCUCCCUUCCCACAUCACGCACCAUUUCUUCUAUACCCCGGGAUCCGUCAAGUAAAUGGGAGUACCCGUCACCACAACAAUUCUAUAACGCACUCGUACGAAAAGGCAAUGAAACACCAGAGGAGCUAGCCCAUGUAGAGACAAUGGUCGAGAUACACAACUUUUUGAAUGAAGAGGCGUGGCAGGAAGUGUUGAAAUGGGAAAAACGGGUCCACAAUUCGGACGACAUCCAAUUAACCCGAUUCAAAGGAAGACCUGGUGAAAUCUCCCCCAAAGCCCGAAUGUGGUUGUUUGCGGGUUGGCUUUUGCCCUCCCGAUUCAACACCGAACCUCCAUUUGACCGCCAUGACUGGAUCGUUCGACGGCCAAAAACAGGCGAGGAAGUAAGAUAUGUGAUCGACUACUAUUCUGCUCCUCCAGAGCCAGAUGGUUCGCCUGUGUUUUCGCUCGACGUGCGACCCGCAUUGGACAGUGUUGGAAGCAUCAAAGAACGGAUAGCGGUGGCUACGGAGGAGGUUUGGGCGGCAUUGCGCAAAGACUGA